AUGGUUGAUUUACCAAGCGGGACUACACAGGAAGGGGCCAUGACGGCAAAAGAUGAGAGUGCACGGCUGAUUGAGAAAAAAGCUGAGGAGGUCACUGUUGAGGUUUCUGGCAGAAAGAAGGAGGAAAAGAAGAAAGCUACUUCGCCAGCAACUGUGACUAUACCAUUCCCUCAGCGCCAGAAGAAAGAGAGGAUGAAAGAGCGGCUCUCUAAGUUUUUAGAGAUCUUUAAGAAGGUGAACAUCAAUAUUCCGUUGGUGGAGAUGUUACUAGAGAUGCCGCAAUAUGCCAAAUUUCUCAAGGACAUAGUCUCACGAAAGAAGAAGUUGGGAGAGUUUGAGACGCAAUUCAGAAGGUCACUCUGCGACUUGGGGGCGAGCAUCAAUCUCAUGCCGUUAUCUGUUUUCAAGCAGCUGGCGAUUGGAGAGUUGAAGUCGACAUCUAUGAGGCUGCAGAUGGCAGACAGGUCGGUCACCUAUCCUCAUGGAAUUGUGGAUAAUGUGCUCGUGAAGGUGGGGGGUUUUAUUCUCCCUGCAGAUUUUGUGGUUUUAGACAUUGAGGACGACAACAAAAUUCUGCUGAUUUUGGGGCGCCCAUUCCUUCCAACGGGAAGAGCUUUAAUUGAUGUGGAGAAAGGAGAGCUCACGCUGCGAGUUCACGAUGAAAGCCAAACCUUCCAUGUCUAUGAACCAUGCCGCAUCCACAAGGACAAAGUGCCCAAGAAAGUUAAAGAUCCGGGCAAGGACCCAGGUGAUCAGAGUUCGCAGGAAGGGAGCACAGCUGGUAAGAGUGGAGCAGGGAGCAGCUGUUCGCAGCACUGCUUGUACCAGCCUCCAUGA